AACUCCUCUUCAGAUCCGGGCGGGGCCCUUCGGACGCAAAGGUAGGAGAUUCUGUAAAUCCGGACCGCUCCUUUCAACCCCUCCCCCGCCGAGGACCGACAGCUCGACCUCACCUGGGAGCGGCUCCACCGAUGGCUGCUUAAGGAAACCUCAGGAAGAGCGGCCCGAAGGUAAAGCACGGUGAAAGAAUUCAACAUGCCACCUAAUAUAAACUGGAAAGAUAUAAUGAAAGUUGACCCAGAUGACCUGCCUCGGCAAGAAGAACUGGCAGAUAAUUUGUUGAUUUCUCUAUCCAAGGUGGAAAUAAAUGAAAUAAAGAGUGAAAGUCAAGAAAGCUUGAUACAUCUUUUCAGAGUUACUCAGUCCCUAAUGAAGAUGAAAGCCCAAGAAGUAGAACUAGCGUUGGAAGAAGUUGAAAAAGCUGGAGAAGAGCAAGCAAAAUUUGAAAAUCAAUUAAAAAGUAAAUUGAUGAAACUGGAAAACGAACUGGAGAUGGCGCAGCAGUCUGCAGGUGGACGUGAUACUCGGUUUUUACGUGAUGAAAUUCGCCAACUUGAAAAGCAAUUGGAACAAAAAGAUAGAGAAUUGGAGGACAUGGAAAAGGAACUGGAUAAAGAGAAGAAAGUUAAUGAACAAUUGGCUCUCCGAAAUGAGGAGGCAGAAAAUGAAAACAGCAAAUUAAGAAGAGAGAAUGAACAACUUCGUCAGGAUAUUAUUGACUAUCAGAAACAAAUAGAUUCACAGAAAGAAACACUUUUAUCAAGAAGAGGAGAAGACAGUGACUACCGAUCACAGUUGUCUAAAAAAAACUAUGAACUUGUACAAUAUCUGGAUGAAAUUCAGGCUUUAACAGAAGCUAAUGAGAAAAUUGAAGUUCAGAACCAAGAAAUGAGAAAAAAUCUAGAAGAGUCUGUACAGGAAAUGGAGAAGAUGACUGAUGACUAUAAUAGAAUGAAAGCUAUUGUGCAUCAGACAGAUAAUGUAAUGGAUCAGUUAAAAAAAGAAAAUGAGCAUUAUCGACUUCAAGUGCAGGAGCUCACAGAACUUUUGAAAGCAAAAAACGAAGAAGACGAUCCAGUCAUGGUAGCUGUCAAUGCAAAAGUGGAAGAAUGGAAGUUAAUUUUGUCUUCUAAAGAUGAUGAAAUUAUUGAAUAUCAGCAAAUUCUACAUAACUUGAGGGAGAAACUUAAAAAUGCCCAACUUGAUGCUGAUAAAAGUAAUGUUAUGGCUCUACAACAGGGCAUAAAGGAACGAGAUAGUCAGAUUAAGAUGCUUACUGAACAAGUAGAACAAUAUACAAAAGAAAUGGAAAAAAAUACUUUUAUUAUUGAAGAUUUGAAAACUGAACUCCAAAGAAACAAAGGUGCUUCAACCCUUUCUCAACAGACUCAUUAUAUGAAAAUUCAAUCAAAACUACAAAGUUUAGAAGAGAAAGCUGAAGAGGCUGAGAGAACAGCUGAACUGGCUGAGGCUGAUGCUAGGGAAAAGGAUAAAGAACUUAUUGAGGCUCUAAAGCGAUUAAAAGAUUAUGAAUCGGGAGUAUAUGGUUUAGAAGAUGCUGUUGUUGAAAUAAAGAAUUGUAAAAAUCAAAUUAAAAUAAGAGAUCGAGAGAUUGAAGUAUUGACAAAGGAAAUCAAUAAGCUGGAGUUGAAGAUCAAUGAUUUGCUUGAUGAAAAUGAGGCCCUUAGAGAGCGUGCAGGCCUUGAACCGAAGACAAUGAUUGAUUUAACUGAAUUUAGAAAUAGCAAAAACUUAAAACAGCAGCAGUACCGAGCUGAAAACCAGAUUCUUUUGAAAGAGAUUGAAAAUCUAGAGGAAGAACGGCUUGAUCUGAAAAAAAAAAUUCGCCAAAUGGCUCAAGAAAGAGGAAAAAGAGCUGCAACUUUAGGAUUGAUGAUUGAGGACCUGAACCUAACUGAAAACUUUUCUCAAGAGAGUAGAACAGGAGAAAGAAAAUUUGAUUUCAUGAGCCUCAAAAAUAUUAGUGAAGCUCGAUCAAAGAUUAGGCGUUCAGAUAAAAUAGAGCUGCCGCAUAGGAGAUCAUCAUUCAGUAUUCCACGGUCAGAUCAGAGUGAACCAGAAGACAGUGUGACCGUAGGACCAUUAUCAAGAAUCUUACCUGAAAUUCAUCGUAGUAUAGAAAGUGGAGCGAAUCCUUUUGCCUCUUUAACUAGACAUUCUUCACCCGUGCAAGUAAAAGAUGCUAAUUCAACUCCAGAAACGAUUACAAUCAGAGAGAUUUUUAAAGCACCAUGUCUACAGUCUUUAAGGAAUCUAGAAUCAUUAGUCAGUACCCUUAGUCGGGAGAGCUAUGAAGAAAUAAAUGACCGUUUAUGCUCUUUUUCUGAUGCCUGUCUGAAGAAAGUGUCAAGAAGUCAACAAGCACUAGAGAAGACUAGUUUCAUACAAAAAAGUGAUUCUUUUCAAGCUUUAUCAACAACUUCAGACUUAACGCAGAGGUUAUCACUUAGGCAGAAAUCUGCAAUAUUUUGUCAACAAAUUCAUGAUAAUAGCACUGACAUGAAUAAAUCACAAGGAGAAGCAUCAGAAAAUGAACAGGUUCAUACCCAAGUAAAAUAUGCUGAUAUCAGCUUGAAAGAAGAUGUAAGAAAAAAAGAAGUAUCCUUACAGACAGAGAGUUUAAAAAGUGAGUUUGAAGUUAAUCUUCCGGACUCUGUGCCUGUUACCACACAGUCAAAAUUAUCUCAGGUAGACCCACUUGACAAUCUUAUAGAACAGCUACGGAGAGAACUAGUAUGUCUUAGGUCGCAGAAUGAAUUUCUUUCAAGAGAACUAAUCGAAAAGGAAAGAGAUUUAGAAAGAAGUAGAACUGUAAUAGCCAAAUUUCAGAAUAAAUUAAGAGAAUUAGUUGAAGAAAAUAAGCAACUUGAAGAAGGUAUGAAGGAAAUAUUACAAGCUAUUAAAGAAAUGCAGAAGGACCCCGAUAUCAAAGGAGGAGAAACAUCUCUAAUUAUCCCUAGCCUUGAAAGACUAGUUAAUGCUAUAGAGUCAAAGAAUGCAGAAGGAAUCUUUGAUGCCAGUCUUCAUUUGAAAGCCCAAGUUGAUCAACUUACUGGAAGGAAUGAAGAAUUAAGACAAGAGCUCAGGGAAGCUCGGAAGGAGGCUAUAAAUUAUUCACAGCUGUUGGCUAAAGCAAAUUUAAAGAUAGAUCAUCUUGACAAAGAGACCGCUCUUUUACGACAAUCAGAAAGAUCAAAUGUUGUUUUCAAAGGAGUAGACUUACCUGAUGGGAUAGCACCAUCUAGUGCCGAUAUCAUUAAUUCUCAGAAUGAAUAUUUAGUGUAUCUCUUACAGGAAAUAGAAAAUAAAGAAAAGAAGUUAAAGAACUUAGAAGAUUCUCUUGAAGACUAUAACAGAAAAUUUGCAGUAAUUCGUCACCAGCAAAGCUUAUUAUAUAAAGAAUAUCUAAGUGAAAAGGAGACCUGGAAGAAAGAGUCUGAAACAAUGAAAGAGGAGAAGAAAAAACUUGAAGAUCAAAUCCAACAAGAUGCUAUAAAAGUAAAAGAAUAUAAUAAUCUGCUCAAUGCUCUUCAGGUGGAUUCAGAUGAAAUGAAAAAAAUACUUGCAGAAAAUAGUAGAAAAAUCACUGUCUUGCAAGUGAAUGAAAAGUCACUCAUAAGGCAGUAUACAACUUUAGUAGAAAUGGAGCGACAACUUAGAAAAGAAAAUGGAAAACAAAAGAGUGAAUUGAUAUCGAUGGAAGUAGAAGUUUGUGAAAAAAUUGGAUGCUUGCAAAGAUUUAAGGAAAUGGCCAUUUUCAAGAUUGCAGCCCUCCAAAAAGUUUUAGAUAAUAGUGUCUCUCUGUCUGAACUAGAACUGGCCAAUAAACAAUACAAUGAACUGACAGCUAAGUACAGGGACAUCUUACAAAAAGAUAAUAUGCUUGUUCAAAGAACAACUAACUUGGAGCAGUUAGAGUGUGAAAAUGCAUCCCUGAAAGAACAAAUGGAGUCUAUAAAUAAAGAACUGGAGAUUACCAAGGAAAAACUUCACACUAUUGAACAAGCCUGGGAACAAGAAACUAAAUUAGGAAAUGAAUCUGACAUGGAGAAGACCAAAAAAUCAGUAACCAACAGUGAAAUCGUUUCUAUUUCAAAAAAAAUCACCAUGCUGGAAAUGAAGGAAUUAAAUGAAAGACAGCGGGCUGAACAUUCUCAAAAAAUGUAUGAACACCUAAGGACUUCAUUAAAACAGAUCGAAGAACGUAAUUUUGAAUUGGAAACCAAAUUUGCUGAGCUUACUAAAAUCAAUUUGGAUGCACAGAAAGUGGAACAGAUGUUAAGAGAUGAAUUAGCUGAUAGUGUGAGCAAAGCAGUAAGUGAUGCUGAUAGGCAGCGGAUUCUAGAAUUAGAGAAGAAUGAAAUGGAACUAAAAGUUGAAGUGUCAAAACUGAGGGAGAUUUCUGACAUUGCCAAAAGACAAGUUGAAAUUCUGAAUACACAACAACAGUCCAGGGAAAAGGAAGUAGAGUCCCUCAGAAUGCAACUGUUAGACUAUCAGGCACAGUCUGAUGAGAAGGCACUAAUUGCCAAGUUGCACCAACUUAUUGUCUCUCUUCAAAUUAAUGAGGCUACAUCUCUGGGUAAGUUGGAGUCAGUUACAUCUAAACUGCAGAAGAUGGAGGCUUAUAAUUUGCGCUUAGAGCAAAAACUUGAUGAAAAAGAGCAGACUCUCUAUUAUGCUCGCUCGGAAGGGAGAAACAGAGCAAAACAUCUACGCCAAACAAUUCAAUCUCUACGACGACAGUUUAGUGGAGCAUUACCCUUGGCACAGCAGGAAAAGUUCUCUAAAACAAUGAUUCAGCUACAAAAUGACAAACUUAAGAUAAUGCAAGAAAUGAAAAAUUCUCAAAAUGAACACAGAACUAUGGAGAACAAAACACUGGAGAUGGAAUUAAAGUUAAAAGGCCUAGAAGAGUUAAUAAGCACUUUAAAGGAUUCCAGGGGGGCCCAAAAGGUAAUUAAUUGGCAUAUGAAAAUAGAAGAACUUCGUCUUCAAGAGCUUAAACUAAAUCGAGAAUUAGUCAAGGAUAAAGAAGAAAUAAAAUAUUUGAAUAACAUAAUUUCUGAAUAUGAGCAUACAAUCAGUAGUCUAGAGGAAGAAAUUGUGCAACAGAACAAGUUUCAUGAAGAAAGACAAAUGGCCUGGGAUCAAAGAGAAGUAGAGCUGGAACGUCAACUAGACAUCUUUGACCGUCAACAAAAUGAAAUACUAAAUGCAGCACAAAAGUUUGAAGAGGCCACGGGAUCAAUGCCAGACCCUUGUUUGCCCCUUCCAAAUCAGCUUGAGAUUGCUCUGAGAAAAAUUAAGGAGAAUGUUCGAAUAAUCGUAGAAACACGGGCAACAUGCAAAUCAUUAGAAGAGAAGCUAAAAGAAAAAGAAUCUGCUUUACGGUUAGCAGAGCAAAAUAUUCUUUCAAGGGAUAAAGUAAUCAAUGAAUUGAGGCUUCGUUUGCCUGCCACAGCAGAACGAGAAAAGCUUAUUGCUGAGCUAGGCAGAAAAGAGGUGGAACCACAGUCUCAUCACACACUGAAAAUUGCUCAUCAAACCAUUGCAAACAUGCAAGCAAGGUUAAAUCAAAAGGAGGAAGUGUUAAAGAAAUAUCAGCAUCUCUUAGAAAAAGCCAGAGAGGAGCAAAGAGAAAUUGUUAAGAAACAUGAGGAAGACCUUCAUAUUCUUCAUCAUAAAUUAGAACUACAGACUGAUAGCUCACUCAAUAAAUUCAAACAAACAGCUUGGGAUUUAAUGAAACAAUCUCCUACUCCAGUUCCCACCAAUAAGCAUUUUAUUCGUCUGGCUGAGAUGGAACAGACAGUAGCAGAACAGGAUGACUCUCUGUCUUCACUUUUGAGCAAACUGAAGAAAGUAUCACAAGAUCUAGAGAAACAAAAAGAGAUCACUGCAUUAAAAAUCAAAGAAUUUGAAAAUAUCAAAUUAAAACUCCAAGAAAACCAUGCAGAUGAACUAAAAAAAGUGAAAGCAGAAGUGGAAGAUUUAAGGUGUCUUCUGGCCCAGUCACAAAAGGAAUCACAGAGUUUAAAAUCUGAAGUUCAGGCUCAAAAAGAAGCAAAUUCUAGAGCUCCCACAACUACAAUGAGAAAUCUAGUAGAACGACUAAAGAAUCAAUUAGCCUUGAAAGAGAAGCAACAGAAAGCACUUAGUAGAGCACUUUUGGAACUUCGGGCAGAGAUGACAGCAGCAGCUGAAGAACGUAUUAUUUCUGCAACUUCUCAGAAAGAGGCAAAUCUCAACGUUCAACAAAUUGUUGAUCGACAUACUAGGGAGCUAAAGUCACAAAUUGAAGAUUUAAGUGAAAAUCUUUUAAAAUUGAAAGAAGCUCUUAAAACAAGUAAGAACAGAGAAAACUCACUAGCUGAUAAUUUGAAUGACUUAAACAAUGAACUGCAAAAAAAACAAAAAGCCUAUAAUAAAAUACUUCGAGAGAAAGAUGGAAUCGAUCAAGAGAAUGACGAGCUGAAAAGGCAAAUUAAAAGACUAACCAGUGGAUUACAGGGCAAACAUCUGCUGGAUAAUAAACAGAGUUUAAUUGAAGAACUCCAAAAGAAAAUUAAAAAGCUAGAAAGCCAACUUGAGAGAAAGGUGGAUGAGGUAGAGGUAAAACCCAUGAAAGAAAAGAGUGCUAGAGAGGAAUUAAUUAGGUGGGAAGAAGGUAAAAAAUGGCAAAGCAAAGUAGAGGGAAUUCGAAACAAAUUAAAAGAGAAAGAGGGAGAAGUCUAUACUCUAACAAAGCAGCUAAAUACUUUAAAGGAUCUUUUUGCCAAAGCUGAUAAAGAGAAACUUACUUUGCAGAGGAAACUAAAAACAACUGGCAUGACUGUUGAUCAAGUUAUGGGAGUACGAGCUUUGGAGUCAGAAAAAGAGUUGGAAGAAUUAAAAAAGAGAAAUCUUGACUUAGAAAGUGACAUAACUUAUAUGAGGACCCACCAAGCUCUUCCUCGAGAUUCUGUGAUAGAAGACUUACGCUUACAAAAUAGAUACCUCCAAGAAAAACUUCAUGCUUUAGAAAAACAAUUGUCAAAGGAUGUAUAUUCUAAGCCCUCGACUUCAGAAAUAGGGUCUGAUGAUCAUUGCCAAAGAGAACAGGAGCUUCAGAGGGAAAACUUGAAGUUGUCGUCUGAAAAUAUUGAACUAAAAUUUCAGCUUGAACAAGCAAAUAAAGAUUUGCCAAGAUUAAAGAAUCAAGUAAGAGAUUUGAAGGAAAUGUGUGAAUUUCUUAAGAAAGAAAAAGUAGAAGUUGAGCGGAAACUUGGCCGUGUUAGAGGGUCUGGUAGAAGUGGAAAGACAAUCCCAGAAUUAGAAAAAACCAUUGGUUUAAUGAAAAAAGUAGUUGAAAAAGUCCAAAGAGAAAAUGAACAGUUGAAAAAAGCAUCAGGAAUACUGACCAGUGAGAAAAUGGCUAAUAUCGAGCUGGAAAAUGAAAAGUUGAAGGCUGAAUUGGAGAAACUUAAAGUUCAUCUUGGACGUCAGUUGAGUAUACAGUAUGAGUCCAAAACCAAAGGCACAGAGAAAAUUGUUGCUGAAAAUGAAAGACUUCGUAAAGAACUUAAAAAAGAAACUGAGGCUGCAGAGAAAUUACGGAUAGCCAAGAAUAAUUUAGAGAUAUUAAAUGAGAAGAUGACAGUUCAACUAGAAGAGACUGGUAAGAGAUUGCAAUUUGCAGAAAGUAGGGGUCCACAGCUUGAAGGUGCUGACAGCAAGAGCUGGAAAUCAAUUGUUGUUACGAGAAUGUAUGAAACCAAGUUGAAAGAAUUGGAAACUGAUAUUGACAAAAAAAAUCAAAGCAUUAUUGAUCUUAAGCAGCUUGUAAGAGAAGCAACAGAGAGAGAACAAAAAGUUAAGAAAUACACUGAAGACCUUGAGCAACAGAUUGAGAUUCUCAAACAUGUUCCUGAAGGUGCCAAGACAGAACAAGUCCUUAACCGGGAGCUCCAAGUUCUGAGAUUAGCUAAUCGUCAGCUGGAAAAAGAAAAAGCAGAAUUAAUGCAUCAGAUAGAAGUUAACAAAGACCAAAGAGGUGAUGAAAGCACCAUACCUGAUACCGAUCAAUUAAGGGAAAAGGUAAAAGAUAUAGAGACACAGCUCAAAACUUCAGAUCUAGAAAAGCAGCAUUUGAAGGAGCAAAUAAAAAAGCUGAAAAAAGAACUGGAAAAUUUUGAUCCUUCAUUUUUUGAAGAAAUUGAAGACCUGAAGUAUAAUUACAAGGAAGAAGUAAAAAAAAAUAUUCUCUUAGAACAGAAGUUAAAAAAACUUUCUGAAGAGUUUGGAGUUGAAUUUACUAGUCCUGUUGAUGCUUCUGAAAAGCUUGAAGAUGAAGAGGAAAGUCCUGUUAAUUUCCCCAUUUAUUAA